AUGAAAAAUCCUUCAGCAGCACAUAUUGAUAAAAUAAUAAGUGCAGAAAUUCCAGACAUCAAUGUUGACCCUGAUGGCUAUAAUGCAGUAAAAAAGUUUAUGAUUCAUGGACCAUGUGGAAAGCUCAAUACAAAGUCUCCAUGUAUGAUGAAAGACAAGUGCACGAAACAUUUUCCAAAAAAAUUCAAUGAUAAAACUACAAUCGACACAGAUGGCUUUCCAAUCUACAAAAGAAGAGAUACAGGUAUUCGUGUUGAGAAAAAGAAUAUCUUAUUAGAUAAUCGUUAUGUUGUCCCUUACCAUAGAAAUCUAAUAGUCAAAUUCGAUGCACAUAUUAAUGUUGAGCUUUGCAAUUACUCAAGAUCCAUAAAAUAUCUUUUUAAGUAUGUCCAUAAAGGGUCUGAUAGAACAACUGCAACAGUGGAAUCAAUCGACAACACCGAAGGGAUAGACGAGAUUAAAACAUAUCUUGAUUGCAGAUAUAUCUCAGCAACUGAAGCUUGCUGGAGAAUCUUCCAAUUCGACAUACAUUAUCGAAAGCCAUCAGUUGAAAGAUUGCCAUUCCAUUUACCUGGAGAGCAUACAGUGAUAUUCGGAGAAGAUAAGUGCCCUGAAAAUGUUCUUGGCACACCUGGAGUAGACAAAACAAAGUUUACUGAAUGGUUAGAGACAAACAAGAAUAACGAGGAUGCUCGGGAGCUAACUUAUUCUGAUUUCCCUACAUGUUGGGUUUGGAAUUCGAAAGAUAAAAUAUGGACAAGAAGAAAACAAGGUAUUGCAAUUGGAAGAAUAUACUUUGCACACCCUUCAACAGGAGAACGCUUCUACAUGAGAAUGAUGCUAAAUUUUGUGAAAGGAUGCACUUCUUACGAAAGUAUCAGAACAGUGAACGGAGUCACAUAUUCUACUUUCAAAGGUGCAUGUUAUGCUCUCGGAUUAUUAGAUGAUGAUAAAGAAUGGAUCGACUGCUUGACUGAAGCUGCACUUUGGGCCACUGGAAAUGAAUUAAGGCAUCUUUUUGUAACAAUCCUCAUUAAUUGUCAGGUUUCUGAUGUCACAAAACUUUGGAAAUCAAACUACACCACAUUGUCAGAAGACAUUACUGCAUUACAAAGGAAAAGAUUCAAGAUGGAGGAUCUUCAGCUAAAUGAUCAACAAGUUGAAGCAUACACAUUGUUUGAAAUUGAAUGUAUCAUGCAAAAAAUGGGAAAAAGUCUGAAAGACAUAGAUGGAAUGCCCCAGCCUAAUUCAUCUUUGAUGAGAGAAACAGGUAAUAGAUUGGUCAAUGAAGAAUUGGAUUAUGACACAAAACAAUUGAAAAUCCUCCAUGACAAAUCAUUUGCUCUUCUAAAUCCUUCACAAAAAAUAGCUUAUGAAGCAAUACUGAAUUCUGUAGAGAAUGAAGAAGGAAAAUUAUUUUUCAUCAGUGGACAUGGUGGUACAGGAAAAACAUUUUUAUGGAAUACAGUAAUUGCAAAGCUCAUAUCAGAAUCAAAGAUAGUCUUGCCUGUUGCAACUUCAGGCAUAGGAGCCUUAUUAUUGCCUAAUGGCAGGACCGCUCAUUCACGGUUUCAUAUUCCCUUGGAGGUUACAGCUGAGUCAACAUGUGAAAUUCGACAUGGCACCCUACUAGCUGAACUCUUGAUGCAGACUUCUUUGAUCAUUUGGGAUGAAGCACCAAUGGCAAAUAAGUAUUGCUUUGAGGCUUUAGAUAAGACCUUAAGAGAUAUUCUAAGAACAAGGUAUGAGAAUAGCACUACCAAACCUUUUGGAGGACUUACAAUAAUAUGCGGCGGAGAUUUUCGGCAAAUAUUGCCAGUUGUUCCAAAGGGUACAAGAGCUGACAUUGUUGAUGCAUCUCUUAAUUCAUCAUACCUAUGGCUAUUUUUUAAAAUAUAUGAGUUGAAGCAAAAUAUGAGGCUUUAUAAUGGAAAUGUCAAUGAGGAUGAGGUUGCUAAAAUAGCUUCUUUUGAUAAAUGGUUGUUGCAAAUUGGCGAUGGUUCAUUAUAUCAUGACAUUGAUAGGGAAUUUAUCAAAAUUCCUUCAGACAUCUACAGAAGACCAUCUAAUCAUCCCAUGAAUUCUAUAGUCGAAGCUAUCUACCCUUCACUAUUGCAUAAAUAUAGUGACCCGACAUAUUUGAAAGAAAGAGCAAUACUAAUGCCAAAAAAUGAAAUGGUCCAUGAGUUGAAUGAGAUGAUUAUGAAUAUGAUACCAGGAGAAGGGAGGACCUAUUUUAGCUCAGACAGUAUAUGCAAAGCAAGUAUAAACACAAAUGAAGAGGAUCUUUUGUAUCCAACUGAGUUUUUGCAUAGUUUGACAUUUAAUGGCAUCCCCAAUCAUGACAUACACCUAAAGGAAGGCGCCCCUGUAAUGCUCCUCAGAAAUCUAAAUCAAACAAAAGGUUUAUGCAAUGGCACAAGAUUGAUUGUCACCCGUCUUGGUAAAUGGUCAAUUAGAGCAAAUAUAAUCUCUGGAACAAAUAUUGGUGAAAAUGUAACUAUUCCAAGAAUAAUCAUGUCCCCAAAUGAAUCCAAGUGGCCAUUCAAGCUCAAUAGAAGGCAACUUCCUUUAGCACCUUGCUUUGCCAUGACAAUCAAUAAAAGUCAAGGACAAUCACUUUUUUAUGUCGGAUUGUACCUCCCUAAGCAAGUAUUCAUUCAUGGCCAAUUAUAUGUCGCAGUGUCUUGA